AUGGCAUCCCUCUUCUCUUUACAGGGAAGGACAGCCCUGGUCACAGGAGGGACGCGGGGUAUUGGUCAAGCAAUGGCUAUCGCGCUCGCAGAGGCUGGGGCAGAUGUUGUUCUAGUACAGAGGGACGAGUCCAACACUGCAACGCGAGAUGAGAUCGUUAAUAAAAUUGGCCGGAAAGCCUUGAUACAUGUUGCUGAACUAUCUGACCGUGAAUCGGUCAAGAAAAUAAUCCCUGCGCUGGUUGAGCAGGGUGUUAAGCCGGACAUCCUCCUCAACUGCGCCGGAAUUCAGAGGAGACACCCGAGCGAGAAAUUUCCAGAUGAAGACUGGGAUGAGGUCAUCAACAUUAACCUUACUUCGGUCUUCACACUUUCGCGCGAAUUUGGUGCCUAUCUGCUGUCUCGGGACGCCUCAGAGUUCCCUACGGGUCGACGAGGCGCAGUCAUCAAUGUGGGCUCGCUACUCUCUUACCAGGGAGGCAUCACAGUCCCGGCGUACGCAGCAUCGAAGGGUGGAGUAGCGCAGUUGACAAAGGCCUUAUCCAACGAGUGGGUCUCAAAGGGUAUCAAUGUGAAUGCAAUCGCGCCCGGUUACAUUGCCACGGACAUGAAUGUCGCCUUGAUCAACGAUGCGAAUCGCAAUACCAGCAUUAUGGCCCGAAUCCCUGCCGGCCGAUGGGGUAGGCCCGAGGAUUUCAAGGGGGUCGUCGUUUUCUUGGCCAGCGAGGCUAGCAGCUAUGUCUCUGGAGAGAUGAUUACCGUUGACGGUGGCUGGAUGGGCCGGCGUACGGCUGCUGCCGGCCAAUCAAGAGCGCUCCGCCGGGUUGUUCCUGCGUCGUUUGAGACCCGGCAGGAACAACUCAAGAGAUCUCCGCCAGUCCUUGCAGCAGCCAUCCUCCAAGGCCAAACUGCCCAGCCAACUCAUCUUGUCGCGAUUGUGAAGGCUCCGUCCCUUGGUUCAUCUCCCCUCAAUUGA